CAAAGGCGCGAGAUUCGCCGGCGCCUCAAUGCUGCUAAGCGGGCUGCUGGCUGCAGGCAAAAAUGCCCGCGAUUCCAAAGCGCAGGUUUCUUCCGUGCAGGAGCGCUCAAGUAGCCUCUCCUCUUCCCGAGCCCAGCAAGCUUUCUCCCGCGCCCUUCCCAGGAGGGCGGCCCACGAUGCCGGGCCGGAAACUUCUGGCCGUCGCUCUUUCAUACCUGUCUGGAGACGGACAGGUGGAUCCUCGGAGCUUCUCUAAGGCAGAAGUAAGCGACCAGGAAGUAACUGCCGCCCUGCCUUAGAAGAGCGAGCCUGCUUCCCGCCGCCUACCUUUGUUAUCUCUCUGAUUGCUGUAGGGUGCAAAUUUCAGAUCUCGUCCUCGGAAGGAAGAGCCUUUUCCUCGCUGGAAAGGGAGGACGCUCGGGGAGCCCGGAGGAUCCAUCGCCUCCUGCCUCGUGUUUCACUUUCCUCUGUGGAUCUACGGCUGCUCAUUUGGCAGAGAGCAUGGAGAUUACACCAUCCUUCAAAUUCCCAUCUUCCCAACUCAUGGGAAAUUUAGGAUUUGUGGCUCCCGUUCUACUCAUGAUCCUUCUGCUGCUUCUUUGCUCUCCCUUUAAAAAGAAAAAACGGCAGUUGUCAGCCAGAAUUGUGAAGAGGGACUUAAAUAUGUCUGAGCUAAUCAGUAUGACAAAACUGGGAGAUGGAUUGCCUCUAGAAAGGAAGUCUCUUGCAGAUCGAUGUUUAUGCAAAGGUAACACUUUGCCUAGUCACCAAGCAGAGCAGCAAUCAAAUGGAUUUUCUUCAGAGCUUCAGCAAGGAAAUGCAGACUCUUCAAAAUACACACAGGUAGUUAACUCAAGCCAACAAAGGAUGGAGAAACUGAACAUAAGUCAUCAAAGAAACUUGAGUCCAGAAGCACCAGGUUCCAACAUACCAUCCCCAAGCCCACUGCAGUUCAGGAAACUCCCAGUGACUCCCAAGGAGGUCUGCAUAUCUAGAAUGUUACCAUUGACUCAGAACCUGGACAACCAAGUUUAUGAAAGCAUUGGUACUGAAGGACAGGAAUUAUGUACCAAUGAUUGGUUGGAAGGAAGGAAGGGCUCCCAGUUGACAGCUAAUAAAAAUUCAAUCUGUGCCACAGCACAUGGAUUUGGAGCAGGACCUGUGGAGCUUGGUGGCAAAGAUUCUGAAGCUGCGGGAUCCAGCAGCACGCAUGUGCAGUUAUCUUCAACUCCACAAUGCCAGGAGUCAUAUGGCCAGUUGCAGGAAAUGACACCUGAGAAAGAGGUCCCACCUCAGCUUGACUCUGACUCAAGGAGACUAAGUGCCAUGUAUGCUCGAGUGUGCAAGCGAACCAAGGCAUCUCAGCCAGUGCAACCUGAAAAACAUGAUGAGCCUAUGGAACAAGAAGAGGAAGAACCCCCACCCAUUCCAGAAAAAUGUUUUGAGCACAUCUAUGAAAGCCUGAACAUUGAUAGCGAGAUGCAGGUAGGGGGCUUGUAGGUGCAUGUCUUUCAGUAAACCUGAAGGUGUAUUGUAUCUUCUAAUUUAAAUAGGCAACUAUAAGUAUCUUCCAACAUGCAGAAAAGUCAGUUAUGUACAUUCAUAUGAUGUUCAUAAACCUCUGUGGUAUACAUGUGCUAGUAAAGAUUUAUCUGAAAUGUAAACUUUUUUUUUAACAAUUCAAACUGCUACUAUUUUCCAUCUUCCAAAAAAUCCUGGUACUAGAAAUUGAUUCCCUUUUCUUCCAUUUCUGUAGCAAACACUUUUUCCCUUCUGACACCAAUUCUGACUUCCCUGGGAAGAGGGAAUGAUUAAAACCAGUUUACUUUGUGGUGUGGAUAUGAUGUUCAUCAUGGGAUAAGACCCCUGAACUCAUUUCAACCCCUAAUUUGAUGGAUGUGGAAAGCGUGUUUUAGAAGAAAUUGCUGACAAGGGUUGAACAACUAGUUGCAUAACUGAGUGUUCUUGACUCACCUGUCUUUCAUCUUGGAAUUAAGGAAACAGCAGGAUCAUUAUCAGUAGUAGGUGGAGCUUACAGCUUCAUAGAAAGCAAGAGUGAUCUGUACAUUCAAGAUGGGAAGCAGCCAAUUUCAGGUUUUCCAACAGCUUGGUGCCCUCUGUGACUACAACCCCCUAUCAUUCCCGCAAGGGAGGAUGCUGUGAAGGAUGCAAUCUUAUGGAGGCAGGAGUCUUCUCCAAGGCUGUUAGAUGAAUGUAAGUUGGACUGCCCCAAAUCUGGGUCCUUUCUUGAAGUACACACUGGGAAUGAUGGGUUUUAUAAUCUCAAACCUUCCAUAAUCUGUGAGCAUAACCUGGGUGAUGGAACUGGCAUGCAGAACAUCCAAAGAGAUUAGGAAUGGGGAGAAUGGCUUUAAGUAACUCUAAAGCAGGGAUUUUAUGUGGGAUUUUACAUCACCACUCAGUUGUGGCUGUUCAUGUUUGAAGUUGUUCAGAAUUAUCAUAAGCUUUCCCAUAAUUUAAUUCCCACAACUCUAAGGAGGGAGUAGGAGAGAGGGAAGAAAUCAUUUCCCAGUCUUGGAACUUACAUUCACCAAACUACAACCUUUGGGCAAUUAUUUUGCUCGCUAAAAUGAGAAACUGCAGUAUACAAAUGAUAGGGCACAUUUUGCAUUCUAUCAAAUUGUAAUAUUCAAAAUAUACCAAAUCUAUAGCGUGAUAGUAUCAAACAUGUAUUUAAUCUAUUUUUAAAAAUCAUUAUCUUCACUUUUUGCAUUGACAAAGGAAUCAAGGCAGCUGGCAAAAUUAAAAUGGACUUGAAUACCAG